AUUUGCUGUUCGUUUUUAAAGGUCAAAUCUUACUUUCAUAAAGGUUUACACCAAUACCUUUUUAUCUUUUCUGUGAAAGUAAACCUUCUCAUUCAGAAGAUAAGCAUGUACCGUCCAGCUGAAGAUGCCCCUGAGCGCAUGAUGAUGUAUGCUAUGCAGCGCUGUAUGGUGCAUCAAAGGAUCCAAGAAAUUGUCUUUGAAGAGCAGCUUAUGCAGGAAGCACUGGAUUUACAGGAGCUCCAAAUGCAGGCUGCUGCCGCAGGCGCUCCCUACGGCAACAGUAUGCUUCAGAACCAAGGGUUAACCGAAGACUGCCCCGACACAAACACUCAUCAUGGUCGCGACAGCUUUUAAACAUCACAUUUCACGGAUGAAGGGAAUGAUCAAGUAAAUGUCCCAGGAAACAGUGUGUCAUCUGCCACAGGUUUACCGGGUAAAAAUGGCAAUGGUAUGUAUAAUCCCCAGUUCUCAAUGGUCGAUUCGGGGUCAGUAUGACCUGGAUUGCAAAGUAUGUAUGGAGCCUGCGCCUACAGUGUUUAUAAUAACCCUACGCAGUAACAUGUCACCUAAUCAAGGGUUCUCAUGCCCAGCUGAUAAAAAAGCAAACUUUAUGUUGACCGGUGUCCCGUUUUCAAUUGCUAACAGGCCGAUACCCAUAGUCCUUCUCAUUACGAGUUGGAACGUCACAAAAGAACUGCAUAAUUUUGCCGAGUUGAGCCAGAAGAAAAGCUGAAAAAAGAGAUUUGAUUGCGUUGAAAAAACUCAAGUGUUAUGGGCUUGUGUGACGAAUGAGGAAUUAGAUAGGUGUGAGACCAACAUGAGGAGUAGAGAGUGAUCUUGAAUUCAAUAUUUGAAUCCUUUGUGUUGAAUAGAAAUGUAUCCUAUAAAUGAAUGCCAAUAGAUCUAUCUCAUUUCAAGGUACUUGUUUUGACAAAACAUACACUAGUUAAAACCAUGUUCUUUUCUCAGUCUUUUGGAAGUGUAUUAUUAAGAAGGAUAAGUGACCAUGAUUCAAUAAGAUAUAGCGCGGAUCUAGGAAACAAGAAAAAAAAGUGAAGUAUUAUAUAAUCAAAGUCGUUUUAAACAUUCUUUUUUCUGAUUUAAACCCUGAUAAAUUAUAUUGGAACAGCUAGCUGGGAAAGCAAAUCCAGCCAAAGGAUUUGACGAAUUCUUUUUUCUGAAAUGAAUACUAAUGUAUGUAAUUCAUCGUUCGAUUUUAGUGCUAAUAUAUUUUUCUUCGCUUUGCAUACAUGUUUUUAUUUAAUCAUCAUUUUUUCAGUUGAUUUAGUUUACUCUUAAUUCAUGUUAGCUUUUUUAUCAUUGUUUUCUCCAUAAUUUCAUCAUUUUUUUCCAUACAAAGGAUUUUUUGUAUUCUAUGAGAUGGUAGAUUAAAUUUACGUGAUCCACCGAAUUAUAGCAUGAUCAUCAUAUUCAUGACAUAUGGAAAAAAAAAACUACUUGAAUACUAAUUAUCAUUAUAUUCUUUUUGGAAUUCAGAGCUAAAAAUAUUCCCUUGAAAUUCAAACCUUUUCUCUUUGCUUGAUUCCUUAACGCGAAUAUUUCUUGCUGUUGAGAUUUUCAACUAGUAUAUACUUAAUCAAUUAAUGUUGCGUUUACUUUCCAUUUAUUUUUCCUUUAGUCCUUAUUUUUUAUCCCUUUUUCACAACUUUUUUCUAUGAGCAAGCUAAGUUUCCUUCUUUAAGUUCGUUCACAGAAAUUUCUUUCAUUAAGCUUUUGCGCCUGAUCAAGAUACUUUUGAGAGUUACCUUUACGUUCAUGGCAGUAUAUUGAUUGAAUUUAAUUCACAAUUCUUUCCACAAGAAUUCUUCAAUAAACAUUCCAGUCUAAGGCUAUUGAUAUAUACACCUAAUCCAAUAAUACCACUUUCGUUAUCUGAGUCUUCGUUAACCGGGGUCUUUACUUCGAAACAAAGUCUGUAUUUGUAGCUUUACUGACUUUCUGAUCCACUUUCCUUUUCAACUAACCGAGAGAAGUGGGGUCAUCCUUAUCUACCGCGUUCAUGGAAUUCAGUAGACAGGAAAUGAUUCAUCAUACGUCGUGGCUCGACGGGGCUAACCACUGGUGUGGGGAUUCCAGACUACACUUUGGGGUUUCCGCAUCAUUGUCUACCUUUGCGGGCCACAUAUAUAAAUGUGGGAAUAACGGCUCCAGUAUUCAGGAGGCAUAUGUAGGCCGAGUCGAGGAGGCUGUACGCGCUUGUGAUGGCAUGUUUCCCUCUGCGAUCGAAAAUGGCGCUCAGUACUCUGAAGGAGUGAUUUCAGACAGCAAGACGGGGUUUGUUUGGAUUGAUCUCCAUGGUGUGCCCUCGCCUCCCCAGGAUACUACUAAUGGAAAUGACAAAAACAAUGCUAUGGAUGAUCUUUGGGAAGCUCUACAGCUUAGUCAAGAACAUCGAAUGAAGCUUCAGGAUGAGAUAAAAGAAGAGUACCAACGACGAGUGCUGAUGCUUGGAAAAAAGGGGUUGGAUGCCACUAAUAUCUAUUCUCAUACUAUGGCAACAACACAUCCUAAUAAUGAAGGAGAUGGAGCGAUUCACGCUGCGAAGGAGGGAGGACUUACACCAUCUCAGGACUUUGAAUGCUUCUGUCCGGGAUACAGUUCUGAAGAUGGCUUGGAAGUCCUGGAUGAUCCUGACGCCGUCUGUAUAUUUACGAAACCUAAUACCAUAAAUUGUAAAGGAGAGAACAAGGAAGAAUACUAUGUAGCGUUGCGUUUGGUGACACUGUUGGAGCAUACUGUGCAUCAAAUUCCAAAAAUGGAAGAGCCGAUACAAGCUUCUUGCUUGAUGGCUAGAGAUAACAAACAAGACUUUUUCUUUGAACUCUCUUAUGUUUCCGAUACUCUCCACGAUAAUCCAUUUCUGCGAUCGGUUAACCCUUUCGGUAAUCACAUCCCUCCUAUCAGCCUUGAAGAUGCCCUUCACAACAGGAGUGACUCGGACAAUUCUAGGGACGAUUCUCUGGAUCAUUUAUUGCUUGAGAAUGAUCGGUAUAGCGGUGCCUUGUGCAUUGGAGGGGAUAGACAUACUAGACCUCUGCAGCCCGCCAUCACGCACGUCUUUUGUUUGAAGGGAUUGUGCGUGACGUGGUGCCCCCGAAGCACCUCCGCCUUAUGGAAUGAUCGUGGGUGUGUUUGGCAGGGGAAGAAUUGGUCUCAGCUGCGUGAGGCGGUGUUCUCGCACUGUAUUUACCCCACACCCCACUUACCGCUAUCGGAUAGAUCUAAACCUGACGCUUUUCAUAUUUCAGAGAGGCGUAACCGAGAUGAGGAAAUGAUGACGACAUCUUUGUUUGUUUCCAUACUCAUGUCAACUGUGUGUUAUACUUACCUUCCUAACAUUAAUACCAUGCUGAACGAAGUGGAGGCUAUUAAUUUCAUUCUGCCUUUAAUUAUACCUAAGGUGGAGAGUGAUCAGUCAGAUGCGCACCUGCGCAUUUUAAUGCUUCGGCAUCGGUUGUCAAAUCAUCGUCGCGAACUGAUCUCUAAAAAGAAAUUACUGAAUUCCUUGAAGGGGCCUUCGGUAUCGGUAUUGGCCGCCUUUAUGGCUCAAGCCUCCUUUUCUGAUCACUAUCAGCGAGGAUCACUUGAGGUUUCCAGAGCGAUGUACUCAUCGUCAGUUUCGGAAACCUUUACUGUACUGGACGCUACUAGUGAUAUCAUUGAUCAAACACUUCAUAAAAUGGAUACUGCGCGCAUAGUCUUGGGUAAUGCCACCAUCCUCUACAAUUCUAACGUGAUUUCAAGCAACUAUGAAGUUAGUAAUGAUUCGGAUUAUUUCAUGGUGUUGGUGCACUAUAUUUUUGUGAUCAUAAUGCCCUUGAAUCUAAUUGCAGGACAAUGGGGCUUAAAUUUACGGGUGCCUUUUCAUGAUAUUAAUAGUUUAACUCCAUUUUUUGUUAUUAUGGGUAUUAUUGGUUUGAUUUGUAUACUUGCACCGAUAUUCCCCCUUUGGGCAUACUACACAGGAAGAAUACAUCUUAUAAUAUAA